AUGGCGGGCGUCAUGGCGAUCAGAAGGAGCUCAAGGUUGCUGGAUAGGAUGCUAGCGCUCGAACGACCCGCCGCCCCGCGGCUAUUCAACACUUCGACGGCGGUGCGCGAGGUUUCCGACGACGAGGUGAUCGACGCAUCCGCUCGCCGUGGCGGUGCGGAACUCCGUCGCGGAAACAGGGGCGCUUUCCCUGGAUUCUUCUCAGGUAGGUGAUGAUGAAUCCGCUGUCAUUUGAUCCAUGUAGGUUCGGCGUUCUCUCUGCUCCUCUUCGCAUGAAUCACGCCCCUCAGACUUUGAUCUGAUUUGCUGCUCUUCGCCAGCAGAUGUGCUGGAUCCGUUCUAUCCGAACAGGAGCCUUAGCCAGGUGCUUAACUUGAUGGACCAGCUGAUGGAGAGCCCUGUGGCGGCAGCCUCCCGCGGGAUGGGGAGGGGUGGGGGUCUACGCCGCCAAUGGGACGCGAAGGAGGAUGACGACGCCCUGUACUUGCGGAUGGACAUGCCGGGCCUCGGGAAAGAACACGUUAAGGUGUCUCUUGAGCAGAACACCUUAGUGAUCAAGGGAGAGGGGGAGGCGGAGACAGGGGAAGAUGAGGCCAUUCCUCAGUAUAGCAGCCGGAUCGACAUCCCAUCGGACAUAUACAGGCUUGACCAGGUCAAGGCUGAAAUGAAGAAUGGGGUUCUCAAGGUGCUGGUCCCGAAGGCUAAAGAGGGGGAACGCAAGGACGUGGUACAGAUCCAGAUCGAGUAG